AUGUACCGCCGGCUGUCCGGGAUGCUUCUCCGACGGGCCGCCCAGGUCGGCCGCGCCAGCGGGGCCGCGGACGUCAAGGGCGGCGAGGCGAUGGCGGGGGCUGCGCGCCGACCGGGCGGGGGAGGGAUGGAGGACCUGCACGGCAAGGCGUACCAGAUACAUUAUCACUGGUGGAUGGGCAAGGCACCAGGCCCACCCCAGACACAAUGGCCAGUCGUUUUCUUGGCGUCUAUCAUCAGCGGGUGCUCAGCCGCUGCAGGCACUAUGUACUGGAUGGACCACCGUCCCCAGAAACCGGGGCCACUAAAGGGUGGGCUGGAGGAGACCCGGUGGUCCUGGUACCCUGCCCUCGGAUUUGGCGCAGCUGGCACAGCAGUUGCUGGCGUGUAUUCCCAAGCCUCGCAAGCCAGGUCUGAGGUACCCACUCCCAGCAAUUCGGCCCCCAGUGGAGGGUUGAGUCCACACUUCAUUGCUGAUGCUGCGUCCAGGGCUGCACCAGCCGUGGUGAACAUCACUGUCCAUCAAGACGGAGGAGAAAUCCCGGACUGGUUUGGCCUCAGGCUGCAAGACAGGUCGAGCGGUUCGGGAUUCAUAUUUGCAGAUGACGGGAUGAUCCUGACCAAUUUUCAUGUCGUCGCUGGUGCCAUCACUUCCCGCCCACCUCCCUCCAAUGGCAAAGGCGGCACCAGCCUGCUUGUGUCGCUUCAGGAUGGCAGAGUUUUUGAAGGAGAGGUUGUCAACUUUGACAAGACAUCAGACCUGGCUUUGGUGAAGAUAGACUGCGAUGAGCCACUCCCCAUUGUGAAGCUGGGCCAGUCGAGCCAGUUGAGAGUGGGAGAGUGGGUGGUCGCACUGGGCAGCCCAUACCAUCUGAAAAACAGUGUCACCGCUGGCAUUAUCAGCUGCGUUGAUCGCAAAGCCCGGGAGCUGGGGCUGGCGCAGUCAGCAGGAAUAGACUACAUUCAAACCGAUGCUGCAAUCAACCAGGGCAACUCUGGGGGACCCCUGGUCAACCUGGCAGGUGAGGUCAUCGGCGUGAACAACAUGAAGGUGCUGAGUGCCGACGGUGUGAGCUUUGCCAUCCCCGUGGACACUGCCAAAGAGGUGUUGACCCAGCUUGCCCUGCAGGGUCGUGUGCUGCGACCUUACCUUGGCAUAAAAAUGCUGCAGAUCAAUCCACGCGUCGCAAGCCAGCUCAAGAAGCUGUCACCAACCUUUCCCGAUGUCACACAUGGCAUCCUGGUGCCUGAAGUGACAAAGGGAUCGCCUGCGGAGCGUGGGGGCGUGAAACCCGGUGAUGUGAUAGUGGGGUUCGAGGGAGGCGACGGGGAGGUCACCACAGGCCGGCUGAUCGAGAUGUUGGGGAGGUACAUCGGAAAGAACAUGAAGCUGAGGGUGCUCAGGAGGAGUGUGGACGGGCACCAGCAUUUGGUCACUCUGUAUGUCGUCGCCUCCAAGACAGAAGAGUGA